UUUAUACGGAUGUUUUGGGGGGUGAAACUGUGGAAGUAGAACAUGUAGACCCCACAUAGAGAUAUGGAUGUCUUGGCCAGUCUUCCAUGUUCCCACUACAACAUGUGGCAAUCACAUGCCCACGGCAAAUAAAUCAAACCCUUCUCUGCUUAAUUUCGUCGCAAAAAGGCCCACAGUUUGCGGCAUCGGGUACUUGAGUAGCAUUGCUGAACCCAAGAAAGUAAUGCAGGUCCACAGAAAUUGGUGUUUGUAUGCAGUCAAACUCAGACGUACAAGAACUUUAAUUAGCAGAAUGUUAUGAAACCAAACAGUACUCACUUUUUAGUUAAGGAAGAUAUCUUAACCAAACACUUGAUGAAAAUAGAUCAUGUAUGGUCUAUAGAUAGGGACUAGGAGAGGGCAAUAAAAGAAAAGAAAUGAGAGAAGAAAUAAAGAGGAGAGGGGUAAAGGGCUUCACGUGUAUGGAGUAAGGAGGUCUGUUUGGGAGCGUGCGCCAUGUGCUUGUGUACAGUGGGCAACCUUUUUCCAUGAUGAGAUAAGAAAUUAAAAAAGUAGUGAUGUUCCUCUCAUCUAAAAGCUCAUCUCACGGAUCUUGCCUCUCUCUCUCCUGCCUAUCCCAUCUUUCUCUAUAUAUAAAACACCCUUAGCUGUUACAGGGCCUAGAUAAUUCAGUCGUCGAGAUUUUCUAGGCUUGCAAGAAGAUACACGCCCCUCUUCCUUCCCAGAAACACCCAAUACAAUGGCUUCUUGGAAAAAAACCAUCACAACCCCAUUCAAAAAAGCCUGCACUUUCUUCAACCAGCAGCCGAGGGAUCAAAAGAAGCCACAACCAGAGAAUGAGAAUCGUGCGUCGGAUUUGCAUGGUGAAGUGAUGGCAUGCGCUUAUGAAGAUGUUCAGGUGAUGUGGUCAAUUCUGGACAAGUCCAAGUCCACAUCCUGCAAUAUUACUUCUUGAUAUAUUAACCCAAAGCCUCCACCCCCAAGGAAAUUAAAAACCAGAAAUACAAAAACAAUGAAGUUUGCCCUUGCCCGCCUCAGCUGUCAGCAAAUAGUUAUGAUAUGGAAUUUUAAGAAUCAUGGUUUCAUCAUACUGGCUCUAUUUAUCCGGAUCUGGUAUGCAUGUGAGACUUUUGUGUAUAUAUGCCAGGACGAAGGAAACCCAAGAAGAAAAAUGGGGUCACAGAAAGAAAGAAAGAAAGAAAAAACUGGAGGGGGUGGAGGGGAAGGGUGUUAUGGCAAAAUUAAUGCAAUGCCUUAUGCCCCUAUACAUUUGAUGCUGGUGGCAGUUUGACUCUUCUUGUUUUUGUUUUUUUUUUUUUCUCAGCAUGUAUUUUCUUUUUAUAGGGAAUCCCCGUGAUGCAUGAUUAACAUCAUGGUGAGAUUUUUAGUAGACAUUCAGAUUUGCCAAGGAAAAAAAGAAAAGAAAUUCAAAUUUUUCCUUAUGACCUGCCUUCAUUUAGUUAUUUAUUGCGUGCUGCCACUUAUUGUGUUUGCUGUCACCAAGUUGAUACCACGAUAGCUUUUGUAUAUUUCACACCUCAUC